UGGUGAACGAUUUCACAAAUUUUCCAGACUUUGUGCAAAUUACUUCAAUAAAUUCAUGAAUUUCCGAAAUCUGAACAGUGUCAGGUGUUUAUUUAGCUCCGUUCUUGUCAGACAUAUUUGGAACAAACCAAAAGCUAUGCCCUAUAUUGCUGUCAGACGAGUUGAGGGCCAGGGAAGAAUCCAAAUGACACUUUCCUUCAGUUUGAAUGAAAAACCUGUGAGAACUUUCAAUUUUGACAGAAGUUGUGAUGAAACUGUUGGGGCAACGCUGCAGAGGAUUUCUGCAAAUGUUCAGAAACGAUUUAUGAAGAAGACCAAGAAGAAGAAGGCAAAAGAGAGUGAUGAUGCCAGUGCGGUCGCUGCGGAAGUUGCAGAUGAAAAUUAUGAUGCUGAACUGUUCUGCGGCGGGGAAAAGGUUGAUGAUGUGACGUUAAAUGGUGAUGCCUGGGGGAAUGGUUCCAAGCUCUGUAUCGCUGGAAAGGAGUUUGAUGUCACUGUGAAUAUUCCUACAAUAAAAUCAAUAGAAUUUCCAUCUAGUCUUAUGUCAGGGUUCCCAGUUUUCCCCAAGCUUGAAACAGAGUUUAUUGACAAAUGGGCAACCCAGUUUAUUUGGUAUAAAGGCUGUCAAUCAUCUAAUGAAACUUCACAGGAAGACACCUCCGCACAGGCGACAACUUCUGAAGGCAAAGAAGGCCAGACGUCUUGUCCCAUCACUUGGACGAAAGUCGGGGAGGGUUCCAGUUAUACUCCAAGUAAUGAAGACAUUGGUUCUAAUCUCAAGAUAGAGGCGACUCCUAUUGUUGAUGGUCGGAGUGGUGAAUCAGUCGAGAUAAUAUCGAAGGAGACUAUAGAUGCUGGACCAGGCUUCUGUCCUUUUGAAAAUCGACAUCUUUAUACAAAGAAAGUUGCUGAUGAUGAUAGUUUUAGGGUUAUAUCCUACAACAUCUUAGCUGACGUCUAUGCAGAUUCAGACUUUUCUCGCGAUAACUUGUACCCAUACUGCCCUCCUUAUGCUUUGGCUAUCGACUACAGGAGGCAACUACUCAUCAAGGAGACACUAGGUUAUAAUGCUGAUAUAAUCUGCCUCCAAGAGGUCGAUCGUAAAGUGUUUAAUCACGAACUAAAACCGGUGAUGGAGUCUGCAAACCUGGAUGGAUUACUCCUGCUGAAGGGUGGCGAGACACCAGAAGGAUGCGCUAUCUUCUUCCGAAAGUCAAAGUUCAGAUUGCUUGGUGAACACAACAUAUCGGUGACUGAGGCCCUGCAGAUGGCACCGGAGAAUGAGACACUUUGGGGGAAGGUUCUGAGUGUGGAGCCACUUUGUGAAAGAGUUCUCAAGAGGAACACGUCUUUACAGGUGUUGAUGUUGGAGUCGACAGUCCAGCCAGGAAAGACAAUAUGCAUUGCUACAACGCAUCUGUAUUUCCAUCCAACUGCUAACCAUAUCAGACUCAUCCAAGGGGCAGUUUGUCUGUAUCAUCUGGAGACGGUGGUCGCACAGUACAGACAAAAGGGUCACAAUCCUGCUGUCGUAUUCUGCGGCGACCUGAACUCCACUCCCUCAAAUGGUCUCAUUCACUUCCUCAAUGAGAAGCAUAUAGCUGCCAAGGAUCCCAAGUGGUUUCCAAGUGAUUCACCACGAGAGGAAGAUUGUGGAGGACAAGAUCUCAGUCACACCUUUGACUUCAAGAGCGCCUGUGGUACGCCAGAUUUCACGAACUAUACCGGUGGCUUCCAAGACUGUCUCGACUAUGUAUUCAUUGACAAAUCAAAACUUGACGUGACGCAGGUUGUACCGCUGCCGUCUUUAGAAGAGGUGACACAGUAUGUUGCCUUACCGAACGUUGUGUUUCCCUCGGAUCAUUUAGCGCUUGUUUGUGAUGUGCAAUGGAAGAAGGAUCCAAGUGAGCAAAGAUCUGAGUGAUGUAACUAACUUAUCUGUUCCUCAAUGUCGUUGGCAAGCCUGCUCCUAGCAGCUAUUAGACUGUUCAGUCUCCAACUUAAAACUUGGAAUAUGGCUGAUAACCUUGAAAUGAAAUGAUACUUUGCAACCAUCUUCACAACCAGCGUUGGUGGCGCUGGCAACUUUGAAGAAAUUACAAUUCUCUGAGUGUUUCAGCAGUGUAGCAGGUGGGGAAAUGUGGCUUUAUCUAAACUGACACUAUUUUUUCUUUCAUUGACAGUUAUGGGGUAAAUUAUUUGAUUUUACGAAGAUGUAUUUAUUGUUCUAGAAAAUAUGCCGAU